AUGUGUAUUUAAAAAUAGUAGGAAAUAGAGAUUGGAUGUAAAGGAUAAUAAGAAUACGAACUCACUAGAAUAAAAUAAAUUUUUGGCUUAUUUAGGUUUAUUUUUGUAAUUAGAUUCGCUUUCAUAUUUUUAAAAUCUUAAAUUUUUGAAUUUGCAAAAUUAAAAAGAAUUUAUUUUAACAAUAAAUAAAAAAUAUUUAUCUAAUUAAAAAUUUUGAUUUCUCUCAGCACUAUUUUUAAUUACUAAUUUUUAUUGAUAAUCUUUAUUUCUUUUAUUUACAUUUUUUUGUUGUUAAGUAAUUUAAUUGGAUCAUAGGGUGCACAUGACAUAGGUAAAAGUUUAAAUGAAUUAUUAAACCUGACAGAUUUGACACUCAACCUCUAUUGCAAUAAUAUUGGUUCUCAGGGAGUAUCAGAUUUAGGCUUAAGUUUUGUGAAAUGCACUUGUCUCUAAACUUUGAUUCUUGAUCUUUAGUUAAAAUUCAAUAUUUUAUUUAAUUAUUUUAAUAAAAAUUAAGAAAACAUGGUUAAUCUAAUCUAUAUUUUUUGUGUAUUAUUUUAUUUAUUUCAAUUAAUAAAUAAAUUUAUUCAUUUAUAUUUAAGCUUUUAUUAAAUUAAAAAUAUUUUCAACGUCCUUUUUUUUCAAAUUACCUUAAAAUAUAUUAAAGGAGAAAUUCAAUUGGUGAAUAAGGUAUGUAAGAUUUAAGUUCUAGUUUAUCAAAAUGUGCUAAACUUUAAGAUUUGA